CCAAUAACUCAAUGUUUUGCAGAAGCUUUACUAGUAACUGGUUGGACAUCUUCUUUGUAUUGAGUCUCUGAUCCUGUAGACUGUACUGGCAGUAAUGGAACCAUCACCACCUUUGGAGAUUUUAGCCCGUGAACCGGAAGGGUUUUCUCUCUGGACUGGACCUCCAUUCAGCAAUGGCCAACCACGAAUCAAGCUUGAAAAAGUUCCCUGCACCUCUGCAAAAUUCAGUGAAGAUGGUUCAAGAAUCAUGGUGAUCAAAUCUGACUCUUCAGUUGGCAUCUAUGAUUGCCAUAGUUCUACAGAGAUCAGAUCCUUUGAAAUCCCCAACAUUCUUGCAGCCACCUUAUCUCCACGUGGGACUUAUCUUCAAACCUUUCAAAAAUCAUCAACACCACAGGAGAAAAACUUGAUCUUGUGGAGGAUUGACAGCGGUUCUGCUGUUUAUCACCUGUUCCAGAAGAACAUGUCAAAGGCCACAUGGCCUUCCAUCCGUUUUAGUUCAGAUGAAUCUGUUGCCUGCCAGUUGGCGACAAAUGAGAUAAAAUUUUUUGAUGCUGGAGAUUUUUCUAAAGGAAUCAUAAAUCGCCUUCGACUCCCUGGUAUAGCUGCAUUUGAGCUUUCUAAAAUGCCUGCGUCUCAUGUUGCUGCAUUUGUUCCAGAAUCUAAGGGAAUUCCUGCCAGUGUUCAGAUAUUUGCUUGUGGGGGCGAAUCACAGGCUCAACCUGUUGCACGACGGAGUUUUUUCCGGUGCUCCACAGUGCAACUGAUUUGGAAUUAUGGUUCUACUGGGCUCCUAGUUGUUGCUCAGUCUGAUGUUGAUAAAACCAACCAGAGUUACUAUGGUGAAUCAAAGUUGAAUUACUUAACAACUGAUGGGACACAUGAAGGACUUGUGCCUCUCCGUAAAGAAGGGCCAGUUCAUGACGUUCAAUGGUCGGCAUCUGGUUCUGAUUUUGCUGUCAUAUAUGGAUUUAUGCCUGCGAAAGCGACGAUUUUCAACAAGAAGUGCAACCCAAUCCUUGAACUUGGAACAGGUCCUUACAAUACUAUCAGAUGGAACCCAAAAGGGAAAUUUCUCUGUGUGGCAGGUUUUGGUAAUUUACCUGGUGAUAUGGCAUUUUGGGAUUAUGAGGAGAAAAAGUUACUUGGAACAACAAAGGCUGAAUGCUCUGUGACAAGUGAAUGGUCUCCAGAUGGACGCUAUCUCAUGACCGCAACAACGGCUCCAAGACUUCAAGUAGACAACGGGGUUAAAAUCUUCCUCCAUAAUGGAUCUCUGUACUUUACGAAGAUGUUUGACAAACUGUUCCAGGCUGACUGGAAACCAGAGGCCCCGGUGAAGUUUGGUGAUAUAACUGAACUUGUGAAUUCAGUUGACUCAUUAAAAAUUAGUGGGAUCAAAUUAGAAGGGGCAAAGUCUUCCCAAACUUCCACAAAACUAAACCCACCUGCACAGAAACCUGCUCCAUAUCGCCCACCGCAUGCCAAGAGUGCUGCUGCAGCUCAGGCAGAGCUGUUUGGAGGAGUUGCUCCUACAGAAGAAAUGAGCAAGAAUGCAUUGAGAAACAAGAAACGAAGGGAGAAACAACGGGAGAAAAAGGCUGCUGAGGGCACUUCUGCUUCUCAUGAUACUUGAUCACAACGUAUAAAAGAGUUGAAAACGUUUUGAAGUGCCACCAUUCAAGUUUGGAUCAAUCCAAAGCUACAACCACCAUAACGGGUUGCUCUAAAUUGCCAAUACUGGCCUGAAGAAAAAUCUUGGGUUUCAGCCAUCAUAUUGGGUUCAAACUUUUGGUGUU